UUGCCCGGAAUGGAAAGGAGGGGGGAGGUUUGUUUGGGUUACGGAGCUCAGCUGUGAUGAGAGGGGAGGUGUGAACGGAGCGGAGGAGACCUACCGGGGCACUGACGGCUGUCACCUGCUGGAGGCCCUUUUCAUGAGAAGAUACACGAGGUACGGAGAACACGGCAGCAGUCACCCGUCUGGCGGAUCAUGACUCCCGGAGAAUGAGCUUCCUCUCAGCCGCCGUCGUGUUGUGAUGGAAGUCCGCUGUGGGGGGUUACUCUUCAGCUCCAAGUUCGAUUCUGGAAAUUUAGCUCGGGUGGAGAAGGUAGAGAGGUCCGAUGGAGACGGGGACUUGUCCAGCAGUAAUGGCAGCAGCGGGGCAGGGACCAGCAGCUGUACACCCACCCCCGACUACGAGUUUAACGUCUGGACGAAGCCGGACUGCGCAGACACAGAGUACGAGAAUGGAAACAGGUCCUGGUUUUACUUUAGCGUAAGAGGCGGAGCUCCGGGGAAACUCAUUAAAAUAAACAUCAUGAACAUGAAUAAACAGAGCAAGCUGUACGGCCAGGGAAUGGCGCCAUUCGUUCGCACUGUCCCCAUCCGCUCACGCUGGGAGCGUGUCCGCGAAAGACCCACCUUCCAGAUGGUGGAGAACCAGUUUGUCCUGUCGUUUGCCCACCGCUUCCUGGACUGCCGCGGCGCCACCACCUACUUUGCUUUCUGCUACCCUUUCUCUUAUGAGGAGAGCCAAGAGCUGCUGUCCGGCCUGGACGACCGAUUCUCCGACAGCAAGGUCAUGUCUCCCGGCAGCAGCCCGCCCGAAUCCAUCUACUACCAUCGGGAGCUUCUCUGUCACUCCCUGGAGGGCCUCCGCGUCGACCUUCUCACCAUCAGCUCCUGCCACGGGAUGAUGGAGGAACGGGAGCCCAGACUGGACAAGCUGUUCCCGGAUCGCUCCUGUCCACGGCCGUUUUGCUUCUCUGGGAAGAGGGUGUUCUUCCUGAGCAGCCGCGUUCACCCAGGGGAGACGCCCUCCAGCUUUGUCUUCAACGGCUUCUUGGAAUUUAUCCUGAGGCAGGACGACCCCCGGGCGGCCAUGCUGAGGCGCAUGUUCAUCUUCAAGCUCAUUCCCAUGCUGAACCCUGAUGGGGUGGUGAGGGGACAUUACAGGACAGAUACUCGGGGAGUGAACCUGAACCGGCAAUAUCUUGCCCCAGAUUUUGAGCUUCACCCAUCAGUCUAUGGAGCAAAGUCUGUCCUCCUCUACCACCAUAUCCAUGACCGCGUCCGUUCCAGUGAUCCCGACUCGAGGAAUACCACAACUCUUUCCCCCUCUAACCCUGCACUCCGACCAAAGACUUUGAAUCAUUCCCCGACACAGCUCCCCACAGAGGACGACUUGUCUGACAUAGAGAAGACAAAUAACCUGUUAAACAGUAUGGACAGGAAGGGUCCAUAUGUGACAUCUCAGGGCCUGACGCAAGAAACCACCAUCUUACCCGAAGACGAGGACUUCACCAGGGAGAAGGAACUUUGGGCCUUGGGGCCGGAUCUCAAGGCUGAAGUUGACGGCGACCAUGGCGAGUCCCGUUUGGACACUGAUAGCAGCAAUGAGGCCACAACCUCUGUUCCUCCUCAGGAAAGUGGUAUUGCCUUCUAUGUGGACCUUCAUGGUCACGCUUCGAAAAGAGGAUGCUUUAUGUAUGGGAACUACUUCACAGAUGAGAACGAGCAGAUGGAGAACUUAUUAUAUCCUAAGCUCAUCUCCCUGAACUCCGCUCAUUUCGAUUUCAUGGGCUGCAAUUUCUCAGAGAAGAACAUGUAUGCGAAGGACAAGAGGGACGGUCAGUCCAAGGAGGGCAGUGGUCGUGUGGCCAUACACAAAGCCACGGGGAUUGUUCACAGCUACACUCUGGAGUGCAAUUACAACACCGGCCGCUGUGUCAACACCAUCCCUGGGGCGUGUCACGACAACGGGAGAGCCACCCCCCCUCCGCCACCCGCCUUCCCCCCCAAGUUCACCACUGACAUAUUUGAGCAGGUUGGCAGAGCCAUUGCCAUCGCAGCUCUGGAUAUGGCGGAGUGUAACCCCUGGCCUCGGCUCAUCAUGUCGGAGUACAGCAGCCUCUCCAACCUGCGGGCAUGGAUGCUGAAACAUGUCCGUAAUACCAAAGGAGCCGCUCUUGGAGGCUCCAGAAAGAAGGGCACUAAGACUCCUCCUAAGGCAAGCAGUUUUGCUUCAUCCUCAGAGAAUAAUCUCAGCAGAGCACGGAGCUUCAGCAAUGGCACCAGCAGCAGCAGUAGCCAACAGAACUCUCCCCAGACCAGACCCUCCGCCAGUUUCACCUUCAUCUGUGGCCAGAGCCCCCCGAAGGGAGGAGCUCACAGACUCCUGGGUCCAGUGCGAGACACCAAAGCUCAGGAGAAGCGGCGGCAGCACCACCAGUCACUUCUGCGGGCCACUGUCCACAGUCCGACCAGGAGCCACCAGAUCCCCAGCACACAGAGUCCUCACUUGUCAGCGCUUAUCAGUCGGGGAAGCCCGCGUCCUUUGGUCCAUCAGAAGCCACCCUGCACCCUCCCGGUGUCACUCAGCAUGUCAGGCAGUGGAUUCAGCAACUUGACUUCAGCUAACAAGACUAAGAGUCCAGCAGCAGUCAAGAAGAGUCAGCAGGAGGGAGAUUCCAGUAAACCACUGAUCUGGCCCAACACAGAGAUCCCCCUGAUACAGAAUUUGCAAAAAAGAAGCAACAGCCAUUACAGUGCAGAAUAUUCCAGGUCUCUGGAAAGCUUGGGUGUUCGUCCCAGCCGGAUCCCAGUGAGGAGGGGUCCUCUCCUGCACUCUCAGAGCCUCCGUCAUGUUACCAAUGAGCGGGAUUCUCCUAUUCUCAGAAUCUGGAAAUAUACCUCUGAGCAGGCGUUGAAGCACUGCACCCUCACAGAUUUGGCUGCGGUAACAUCCAGUCUGACUGUGUGCUCGGUGCCGCUUCUCAAGUCUAAGACAGAUGAACCCUUAUAUGCGUGUGACCAAACCAAGGAGCAGAGUUUCCCGUCUGUCUCCCCGGAGAGCGCUCACCUUUCCCCCUUUCGGAAUGUCCUGUCCUUCUGUGCGGAGGGCUGAGGAACCCCUCUUCUGCCAAUGAGCAGAUGUACGUCAUGGUGCUAUGUUCUGUGAGACUGGACCAAGAACCUGUGUUUUUAUGCCCACCCCUGGUUUUAUUUUGUGUGUUCUCUGUUAUCACCACUGACUGUGCUGUCCGGUCCCGUACUCUUAUUUGCACUUGUGUGAUCAUGGUUAUGGCGCUGGUGGUCCGGCCACCCCUUUCACACCCUGGUUUGUACUCAGUGACAUUUUCUAGGUUUGGGAGGGCUCCUGUUCUGUGGUCUUGUCCUCAGAUUUUUUUUUAAUUGUUCUUAUGAACUUUGAUAUCCAGAAGUUUCUAUGUGAUUUUAAUUGCUAUAAAAAGACAAUCUCUUGUCUCCGCUUCUGCUGGUGAACUCUAAUAAAGAUCUGUAUUUAUCUGC